UCAAAUGGUGUCAAAUUGGAUUUGUAGUGGAGUGUGUGGUCGUGUUUUUGUUUUACGUAUUGUAACGAUGUCGUGAAAUGUUUGAAUACAUGAAUUUAAAUGUAAUAAUAUCGAAUUUUGACUACCGUUUGCAGUGAUGGUGUGUUGAUGAAAUGUCGUGAUAUUUUUUUCCUAAUAACAAAAAUAGUAACUCAUCAACAUGACCAAGUACUAUCUAGCAGUAGUACUUGUGCGGAUAGUGUUGCCUGCCAGUUUCUUACUUUGUAUAGCAUUACGACCGUUUGGCAUCUCAUUAAUAUAUCUACUGCUGUUUUUAUUAGCACCGCUCACAUUUGUACCGGACAGUCGAACAUUUAAAGGAUGGCGCGGCACAUAUUUGUUACUAACCGUAGUGUUAUCGUUCCUGCUGCUGUUCUUGCACAUAGCGUGGCACACGAUGCUUGCAGUGUUGGCUCCUUAUGGGUCCAUCCUCGACGACUAUCCUAUAAUCGAUAUUGUGGGCCACAAUCUGGGCUUCGUGUCUUACUCCUCAAUAGAUCCAUUUUCGGCCAUAACUUACAUGCUUCCCGAGAUUUUAAUUACGGCGAUAUCUCUAUUCGUGUACGUGCUCGUCAAAAGGUUGGUUACGGGGCCUACCGCGCCGGUACCAGCUAAAUCUGACAGCAAACAUCAACAGUAUCCACUCGUAACAAGUGCAGGGAAAUAUAUCUGCCUGAUCUUAAUAAUGUUUUCCGCCAUCAUGCGACCGAGCGUCACGUCUGGGAUCUACUUCCUCGUGUUUAUGGGGUCGGCCACUGCGUGGGCGCUGGGCCAGCCGCUCAACCGAGGGUUUGCAGUCGUCUGUCGCUGUGUCAUGGCCAUCAUGUCCGUCCACGUCAUCGUGCUAUUAGUAUACCAAUGUUCUUGGGUUGCAGAACUAUAUCCACCUGAAAAGGAAUUUGCUAGGUAUUUUGGCUUAACAAGACUGGUACUAAUCAACAGUACAAAUUCAAAACUAUUUACUUACGAAGUAUCGGACGACCACAUGUGGGCAUCACUAGCGAGCCCUUUUGUCAUACUAUUCACUUAUUUCGUUCUCGCAAUCGAAACUCGGCAACUGUUCAAACCGAAGGCGAAAAAAAAGAGCGCUCUAUCCGGCUUGGAAGAGGGUAAGCUGAACGGUUCGUUGGUGCGCGGCAUAUCCUUCCACCGCGGCAGUCGACGCGCCGCUCGGGAUAAAUGGAAGAAUGCCACUAAAAGAGUUCGACUUAUUCGUGUGAAUUCUUCGAAACGGUGGACAGUUACUCCGACUGGAUCCGCAACGAGACAAAUGCGACAAGACUCCACAGGUUCCGUUGUUCUACAUGAAGAUGAAUCUGUAAUAGAAGAAAGUGAGCCUACUUUGAUGGAUGAUAUUUUAACAGCAAUCGUCGAUUUCUUCCAAGUUCUAGUCAGGUCCUCGUACAUAGCUACGACGAUCACGAUGAUGGCGUGGAGUAUAAUGUUCCAUUCGUGGCUGACUUUCGUCUUCCUCAUGUGGGCCAACAUUGUGUGGCUCUGUCACGACCAGCGUGGUUUCAUGCUGAAGACUAGCCCCAUACUCGUCUUAUAUGCGAUGUUACUGCUAAUAGCGCAGUACAUAUACGGCAUGAACCUCUAUGAGUCAGAAUUACCUAGCAAUAUCACGGAAGUGAAUCUCCAUCAGAUAGGUUUAGGUCGUGUUGAAGGGGAAGCGUUCGUUCCUCUACUGAUUAAGUCGUUGUUCACGUGCAUGUUUUGGGUGACACUGCGCCAACGCAUCCAGGACAUAAGACAGAGGCGACAAUCCUCCGUCAUCGCAGAUAUGGCGGCUCCUCUUCAACUCACUGCUUCCACUGCAGCUAGUGUAAUGGACGCGAGACGUGAGGAGGAGAGUCGUUCUCGUCUGCUGCGCGCACUCGGCGAGGUGAUGCGAGCGUUGUGCGCACGCUACUGGAUAUACGUCGUGGUCAUCAUGCUGUUUGUCAUCGGCAUCACCGGCGAGCGCAUGACCAUAUUCCGCAUCAUCUACAUGUUCCUCUUCCUCGCUUUUAUACUCAUGUUCCAGAUUAGUUGGUAUUGGUGGCGAAAAACAUUGUACAUGUUUUGGAUAGUGGUCAUCAUCUACUCAAUGAUAAAUCUUAUUCUGAUCUACAUUUAUCAAUUCGACAACUUUUCAAAAUUAAUUGAACAAUAUCUGUUUAUCAACGAAAGUUUACAACAAGAUUUGGGAUUAGAACCGUAUCACCCGGCGGAUUUGUUUGUCAAACUAUUAACACCAACGUUGUUCCUCAUCAUAACAAUAUUGCAAGUUCAUUAUUUCCAUAAAGAUUUUAUGGCAUUAUCGGAUCCUAAAACGAGAACAAAUAGUAUAGCAGCCAACAAUCCAGAGUCUGGUAAACCUAGUCAAGAUGGUGCCUCUACGAUGAGAGAUGAUUUGCCACCACUACCUUCCGAAGAUACAAAUCCACGUUCAACGGCGACGGAACCAGAUCAGUCAUUGGACGUAUCUUCUAACGUAACUGGCCAACCGAAGUUACACAGACAAUUUUCGAUGUCCCGUACGAACAUACGAUCUCCCGUAACAGAACGACCGUCCACUGCGCUGUGGUCGUUGUUCAAGCGCACAUACAACGCAUCCAAACACACUGCACAGGAGAUUAUCGACCGAAUCUUCAUGUACUUGGACCUACAUCUCAUCAAGAUUGUCUUCAUAUCCCUGAUGCUGCUCUGUGUUAUGAAUGUAUGUGCCAUGCAUGUCCCUAUAAUGUUGAUGAUUGCACCUGCAUUGUGGGUCAACGCGUCGAAACAGCGAGUUUGCGUGCUCUUUAUAUCGACACUAAUCAGUGUCUAUUUCAUGGCUAAGAUGGUCUACCAGAUAGGUUACAUCAAGCAUCGCAGUUUUGAAGUCAACUGCAGUACUAGCACUUUGUUCGAUAUCAAAUUUUCGAAUACAACACCGUCGGUAUUUAACAACGCCGAAUGGCUAGGGUUUACGAAAGCUACAAAAGAUAAGCCCUUAGUAGUCGUCCUAAAGGGAUACAUCGGACUUUUAGCGGUAUUCAUAUUCUAUGCCCUAGUGACGUACAGACAAAAAGCGCUAAGAGAUGCGGGCGUUCUACCCAAAGAGAGGAUAAAAACAAUAUUCCCUGAAAUAACUCGCAAGGAGGCGGACGUAGACUUGGUUCACUGUAUCAAGUACUUGAUUAACUUUGGAUUCUAUAAGUUUGGUGUGGAGAUAACGAUGAUCUGUUUGAUGGGCGUGAUCGGGUCUCGUAUGGACGUGUACGCAGUUUUGUACGCGGGGUGGUUGCUAGUACUGGUGUCGAUAAAGCGAGUCGCCCAGAGUAGGUUGUGGACCACAUUCACCGCCACCAUCACGUUCCUUGUACCUAUACAGUACAUGAUUGCCGUGGGCUUCCUACCAGAACUAUGUAUCACUUACCCGUGGGAUUCUGAUGAUCAGCAAAUGAAACAUGUCCGCACAUGGCUGUUCUUGCCAUACGCGGAACAACCUCCACAUGCGUACAAGCUGAUCUUCGAUUUCUUCCUAUUGUUGUUCGCGACUCGCCAGCUCAAAGUAUUCCGCAUAGAAAAGAACACCGCAGAUUACCCCGGAGGCUCGAACGAAGAGAAUAUCGGUAAAAAUUGGGAAACACCCGAUUUCGUUAACCCUGUACCAGAUUUCCUUGGUUAUGUUGGGACAUGGCUGGACGUUGUGAAACGCAUGGUGUUCUUGGGUAUGCUAUGGGUGACGCUGGCCAUCAUGUUCAUGACAGGCACCAAUCGGGUGAACCUAUUCUCCAUGGGGUAUCUCAUCGGCUCCUUUAUAUUCCUUUGGCAAGGAACCGACUUUUAUUUGCGUCCUAAAGAUGCUAUUUUGAAAUGGUGGUCAUGGCUAGUUCGUUACAACGUGUCAGUGGUAGUGGUGAAGACGUUGCUUCAGAUCCCGGGCUGUAUAUUCAGCUCAGUGAUGCAGGAACACGCCUGCUGGCUGGUCCAGCUUUUGGGAAUCGGAUGCGUGGACAAAUUUGCUGGCGGAAACAUCGCCAGGUUCCUUAAGAUGCAGUAUGUUAAGGAGGCGGCCUGUUCCGUACCUCAAGAAGAUAUAGGAUUAGCAUGGGAUGGUGUGUGCUUCGCCUUCCUCAUCUUACAGAGGAGAUUGUUCCACAGUUAUUACUUCUACAGGGUUAUCGACGAAAGCAAGGCUACUACAGUACUUGCAUCGAGAGGUGCAGAAUUAAUAGAGGAACUCCGACAAAAACAAAUGAAAAUACAGGAAGACCAAGAGACGAAAAUCUUAGAGAAAAUCAAAGUGAAAAUGGAAAGGAUUAAGGCAAAUCAGAAAAAGAUACAAGGAGCAAUGGCGAAGGAACCGGGGCAUCAUGAUAUUGGGAUAGAGUCAGGUUCCGAGAUACGAGGUAAACGUGUGUUCUCGAAGAGACACGAAGCACGGGACAGAACAACGUAUAGGCCGCCAGCAAGCCAUCAAAAGGCCAUUCGUUCGGGAGACUACUACAUGUUCGAUGAAUUCGACGAUACAGACAUACAUAUGAAUGAAGAAGAAUCUAGCUCAGAUGAGGACGCACCUAGGGAGAUGGGAAUUGGCAAGCUGCUGUCCACGGCGAUCAAGACGGACUUGAAGCAUGCCGUGGGGCUGCGGCGCGCCUCGGCCCCCAACGUUCGCACCGCCAGGCGUCUCUCCCUCGGCAGCGAACCGCUCUCCUACCCCCAGGUCGCAGGUCGUAAGACGUCCGUCCAUCAAGUCAGUGAAUCACAUCUGACUGAACAGGAGCGGCCGCUGACGGAUAUUGACGAAUUCGCACCACUACCAGAACACGAAGAGACCGUAGUGGAUAAGCUACGACAAGUGGUUGAUACGGCGUGGGCGUUCAUAUCGAGCAUCCUGGUGUCGAUCACAAGACACUUGAUGAAGUACUCCCGAGAUUAUCGAUAUGUAUCGAAAACUCUUUCUAUUGAAAAGAAAAUAUUAAAGGAAAAGGAGGGCUUCGGUAUUGGAAUCCGAGAAGGAUCGCAAAUGAUAUGGGAACCAUUACCAGAGACGUUAGAAAAACAUACCCGCGAAAUGGAAUUGAUUGACAGAAAUCUACUCGUGCCAGUUGAGAUGGGCCGUAAGUUAAGUGAGAUAAGCGUGCCGGAGAUACGUAUCCUGGCGCCCAGCAUGGAGCGCGGGCUGGACGUGUCCCCGCCGCCGCGGCGCGCGCAGCUGUCGCUGUCCGCCACCAGCUCGGCCUCGCGGGCCCCGGCCGAUGACGACGAUACCUCGGAACAUGAGAGCGCCUUUUCCUUGCAGUCGACUCCAAGCCAUGACGUCACGACUCUGGAGGAGCAAGACGAUUCUAUGUUCAAGCAAGAUCGGAAUCCGUUCGUCCACCUCGGCUAUGCGCUGUGGUACGCAGUAUUGGCGCAUACAGAUAUAGUGUGCUAUAUCAUGGUGUUUAUUAAUCAGAUACAAUCGGCGACAAUACUGUCCAUACCACUUCCCUUGAUGGUGUUCAUGUGGGGCACGCUCACCAUACCGCGGCCUACCAAGACAUUCUGGGUUACUUUGAUCGCAUACACUGAGGUCAUUGUGCUGAUAAAAAGUAUGUUCCAAUUUGAAAUACUCCCAUGGAACCAGAAGGUGAUACCGGCAGACAUGCCGUUUACAGCCCCACGGAUCAUUGGUAUCGAGAGGAAAUUCAACUACGCACUUUAUGAUCUACUGUUACUGCUCAUUAUAUUCUUACAUAGGUUUAUGUUGAAAUCACUUGGGUUAUGGAAGGAAUCUACACCAGAAAUUGAAUUGAGAGAAGAUAUGGAAUAUCCGCUAAAUGCUGAAGAUACGCAGUUAGUCGCCGAGGGUCAUAUUACUGAAGUAGGCCGCAAAUAUGUCAAGCUGCACGACCAGAUCGGACCGCCUGGCGACACGGAUGAGAGGCGUGGAGAACAUUUUGAUAGCGGAGGUCAUACGCAAAGCUCUGAAUUUGAUGAAAAUGAAGCAGGACCUUCGAAAUCCGUAGAAGAUGAUCAUUACAAAGUGAACGACGAUCAAGAACCGAUUAUUGCAGUGACAACGACAUUAGAGAACACAUACAAGCAUUACCCAGAAGUGAUGAUGUUAUCAGUGAAGCGCUACCUCCGUCCGGUGCAACGUUUCUUCCAGCGCAUGUUGGCGCCGGGCGCGCGCGUCACCGCCGACAUAUACGCCUACAUGUUCCUCUGUGACUUCUUCAACUUCCUCGUCGUCAUAUUUGGAUUCGCCGCGUUUGGCACGCAUCAAGGCGAUGGCGGUGUGCAAACGUAUUUAGAAGAGAAUAAAGUACCAAUUCCCUUCCUCGUGAUGUUGAUCCUGCAGUUUGCGCUAAUAGUCAUAGACCGUGCGCUAUACUUGCGCAAGUUCAUGCUCGGCAAGAUACUGUUCCAGUAUGCGCUCAUCAUAGGCGUCCAUAUCUGGAUGUUCUUCGUUCUACCUUUUAUUACUGAAAGAACGUUCAACGCGUUGCUGCCGCCCCCGAUGUGGUACAUGCUGAAGUGUAUUUACUUGCUACUGUCCGCGUACCAGAUCCGCUGCGGGUACCCGCGCCGUAUCAUCGGGAACUUCCUCUGCAAGUCCUACCACUUCCUCAACAUGAUGUUCUUUAGAGGAUUUAUGACGGUGCCAUUCUUGUUCGAGCUGCGGACUCUUAUGGAUUGGAUAUGGACCGACACGUCUAUGAAUCUCAUGGAUUGGCUCAAAAUGGAGGAUAUUUUCGCCAGUGUCUUCCUAUUAAAGUGUUCCCGAUACUUAGAGGACGAGUUCCCUCAGCCGCGCGGCGUUAAAAAAGCCAACUUCUCGAAAUACGUACUAGGCGGAGGAGUACUAGCCUUCGUCAUUGCCAUCAUUUGGUUCCCACUCGUAUUCUUCGCCUUUGGAAAUACGGUCGGAGAACCCAACCCGCCCACAGACGUGACAGUAAAGAUCCGAAUUGGUCCGUUCCUGCCUGUAUACCAAAUGUCUGCCCAAUCGCACAACAUCGAUGUGUUCACAGAGCAGGACUACACUCAGCUGAGCAACUUGUACGCGCGCGACCGCACGGCGCAGACGUUCCUGUCCAACUACAUGUACAACGACGUCGCCGUCAUCACCAUCAACCCCAACUCCACGCUCAAGUGGGAGAUCUCGCCGCCAGAGCUCGACCGACUCAAGCGAGAGGCGGCCUCUAAUGCAACAUUAAUGGUGAAGUUUACGUACGUGAUAACGCAUCCAACGAAUGCGGUGCCGAACCCGCCCACUAUAGAGGAUCAUCGCGAGGUUCCCAUCAAUGCGUACGUGGACGGACAACCCAACCCACAGAGGGAAACUCUACGGAAACUGCUCGACGGCACCACGGACCCUGAUACAUGGUUAACCGUGAAGUACUUGUUCCCGAAGUUUUUGAAAGUGUUUAACAAGGGCACCACCAAACCGGCGUAUCAACUAAUGCCACCACAAAUAGAAGAAGAAGAUAUAGACAGCGAAUACGGUGAGGAAGCCAUUGUCUACCGUGACGUGCUUCUUCGAUUGGAGAGAGAUUCUGAGAAGGAUGUGAUGUACUGGCGCGUUCGGGAAUCUUGUUCCGUACGGGAUCCAUUACUAUCGGUCCCACUAAAUAACUGCGACAUGCUGGUCAUGUACACUUUCAACGAUAAACUGUUCCCAGAGACAUUAAACUUUAUAUCAGGCAGUGGUAUAAUUGGAUUAUACACGACGUUCGUGUUCUUGGCGUCACGAGUCCUGCGAGGAUUCUUCUCAGGAAUUUACACGAGGAUCAUGUUCGACGAUCUACCAAACGCUGACAGAGUACUGCAACUAUGUCUUGACAUUUAUUUGGUACGUGAAGCACUCGAGCUCGCCUUGGAAGAAGAUCUGUUUGCUAAAUUAGUCUUCCUGUACCGGUCGCCUGAAACUAUGAUAAAGUGGAGUCGACCUAAAGAUGAAGAAAAUACGGAACAGCCAGCGCUGCCCCCAUCUCGCUGAACUAAGUAAUCUACAUUUAGUUUUACAGAUAAAUGUUAUACGACGUGAAGUCUACUGUAGUCUAAUAACUUUAUGUAUUUAAAUCUAAGGGUACCCCAAGAUUCAAAUUGUCAUUAAAACAUAAAGACAGCCCACGUAGCUGUGUAAUAGAUUUUAUAAUUAGUUUUAAAUUUUAUAUUCUAUAACUUUAUGCCAACGAAAUUUUAUCCAGGUACUCGACGUUUAUUAAAUUAAACCUAUUUUAAAAAUCAUAUUUCCACUAUGAAAAAGUACAAGUUUAUACCCGUAUUUUUGUUAUUGUUCAAUAAUUUCUUAAUCGUCCAUAUCGUUAUUAUUUAUGAAUAUUAUUAUGUAUAUUGAAUACGAUGUGCACCCAAUACAUCGAUUUUAGAUACGUAAGUUGUACAGUAAAAUAGUUCUAAUCUAAGAAUAAUCAUGGUGCAUAUUUUCAUAUUUUAAUUCGGCAAGGUUCUGAAAUUUGCUAAAUCUUUUAAUGUUCCUACCUUACUAAUAAUAUUGAGCCUAAAGCAAACCAAUAUUCACAUAGAACAAUGCAAAAUUACUUAUUGCGUCUUUAAGUAAAUAGCUAUAUUUAUAAGAUCAAUUAAUUAAAAAAAAUAUGCGACAUGCUAACUAGAGCCAAUAUUUUGGAAUUUUCCACGAUAUGUGUAUAAGAAAUAUACAUAACAAAACAAAACUGGCUGUUGAAGUAUGUACUUAAAUUAUUACUUCUAUCUUAGCGUUAAUCACUCGCUCUCUUAUUUCAAAUAUUUGAAAGUUUUACUGUAGUUUUUUAAGUCUUUAUAAUGCGGGCUCUUGAUUGCAUAAUACAUAUUAUUUUAUUUGCUGUUUAGAAUUCUAGUUAUUCGCUUCGUUUUUGCAGAUGUUUAUGUAUAAAUGUUUUUAAUAAAGUUGAGUCUAUUAGAAAUUAUUAUUAAGAAAGUUACCAGUAAGUCAUUUUGUACUGAUAAAUUGAAAAUGUUUAUGUAUGUUUAGAAUGGUUUUAGUUAUUUACUAUACAAAGUCACCAUUAUAAUGUAUGACUGCACAAAAUGUUGGUAUAUGAAUUACGAUUUAUGUAAUUGGUUUAAAAAGCAACAUCAAGUUUUACCUCAAUUUACAAAUCAUUGCAUUUGAUAUUACUUAAUUAAAUUAAAGGUGUAAGUGAAUUAUACAUAUUGUACACUUUUGUAUUAUGGUUGUUGUGUUUAAGCUGCAUUUAAUGUUGUCGAUUUGUGAUAAUAAAGUCAAUGAAAUGUU